ACCGGCUACAGAAGCGACUGAUUUGAACGCGGAAGCUUAACGUGAUUUUGUAGUCGGCAUCCAGCAGUAAACAUGAUUUAAGCCGUCAGUAAUUAUUAGCCGUGACUGUCAGUUCAUUAAAAGAAAAUCAAGACUGUUUAUCGAGCAAAUAUGUCGGACAGCAGCGGCUCAGUCGGCCUGUUUUCUUAUGAAACACUGGUUCAUGCAGUGGCAGGUGCGAUGGGCAGUGUUACAGCAAUGACAGUGUUUUUCCCUCUGGACACAGCCAGGAUCAGACUUCAGGUGGAUGAAAACCGCAAGUCUCAGUCCACCCCCAUCAUUCUGGCUGAGAUCGCCAAGGAGGAGGGCGUAUUGUCUCUGUAUCGGGGCUGGUUCCCGGUCAUUUCCAGCCUGUGCUGCUCUAACUUUGUCUACUUCUACACGUUCAACACACUGAAGAGGGUGAUGGUGACCGACCGCUCGAGACCCAGCACAGAUCUGCUCAUGGGCUUCAUAUCAGGAGCGGUCAAUGUUCUGCUGACAACACCAAUGUGGGUGGUGAACACACGGCUGAAGCUCCAGGGCGCAAAGUUCAGGAAUGAAGAGCUCCACCAGACCCACUACAAGGGCAUAGUUGACGCCUUCUCUCAGAUCAUCGCUCAUGAGGGAGUCGGGACGCUGUGGAACGGGACGCUGCCAUCUCUUGUUCUCGUCUUUAACCCUGCUGUGCAGUUCAUGUUUUAUGAGGCCAUGAAGCGAAAAGCCGGACGUGGAGGACGAAAGAUCUCCUCAUUCGAGAUCUUUCUCAUCGGUGCCAUCGCUAAAGCUAUCGCAACGACUGCGACGUAUCCUCUGCAGACGGUUCAGGCCAUUCUCAGGUUUGGCCAGUAUAAAUCAGAUGAUAAAGGUGGGCUGGUGGGCAGCCUGAGGAAUGUGGUUUCUUUGCUAAUGGACCGGAUCAAGAGACACGGGCUGCUGGGUCUGUAUAAAGGUCUGGAGGCGAAGCUGCUUCAGACGGUGCUGACGGCGGCACUCAUGUUUGUGGUGUACGAGAAGAUCACCGCCGCCACAUUCAGACUCAUGGGCCUUCAGAGGAAACUCAAGCACUGACAACACACACUCUAGCCUUGAGUACCGAGAGAUUGACCCACCACUACCUCUCUAACACACACACAUUGGUAUUGGUGGUUUAUGAGGACUCUCCAUAGGCGUAAUACGCUUAAGUUUAAACAGCUAGGGCUGACCAAAGUGCUCUACAUUAACACAAAUAGCAAUAAUAAUCAGGGUCAGACUAUCUGCGGAGCUUUUCACUCAUUCAUAGUGUUUUAAAGACUAAACGUUUGCACUUCAACACAGUUUUAAGUCUGAAUUAGAAUUAAAUAGAUCUAAGAGUUAUAUUUUACCUGUUUACUCUUAGUAAUAUUAAAUACUCAUGAUUUUAAAACAGAUAAUUAAAACAGCAUUUUUCUAGGGAAAUGUUACAUCGUGAGAAAUAUUGUUAUCGCAAUACUCAACACCAACAUCGUGUACUUUUCCAGUAUCAUGCAGCCCUAGCUUUUUUAUUUUGAAUAAAUUAUUUGAAAACAGCAAAUAAAAAUAGAAUUUUUUCCAUUAUAUUGUAGUAAUCAUCAACAAUAUCGCAUAUUUGUUUCAUUAUUGUGCAGCGCUACUCUAAACCUAAACCAGUGGCAAUUUAAAAUGUGAAAAGACCUCGUUUAAAGGGUUUUUUAACGGUUUUGAAUUACGAGGACACAAAGUAUGUCCUCUUAACCCACCUUAACAGAGUACAUAUAGAUUAUAUUGCCCUACCCCUAAAUUAGAGCUGCACAAUAUAUCGCUAAAUUACCGUUAUCGCGAUCAUGGUAUCGCAGACACAUGUGAUUAAUUACAUUUAUUUUAUGUGCUGUUGAUCUAAAGUUGACCAAUCAGAUGGGACCUUGCUUCUUAUAGCCCCGCCUUCCCAGUAGUUGCUGUUUUGCUAUUGGCUGGAGAGUCGCAGAUGUGAAAAUAAUCAGUAAUGGCGGGAAAAUGACAACAGCCAAUUAGAGUCAGACAAUGAGGUUUCACUCAUUCAUUGUGUUUUACAGACUAAAGCUGCAGUCACAUUAGAGUUUGAGCAUGUGAUAUUCUGUCGUACGGCGCUGCGAAAAGGGGCGGGAUAAAACAAGCUUAUUAGACAUUUAAAAAAGUGAGCGAUUGCUCCUUGUUAAAUUUCUGUCCAGAGAGGUCAUGUUUUGAUCCUUGAUUGUUCUUACGCAGUCAAGUGAUGCGAUUUCGCAGGUCAGAGUUCACCAAGCUUAAACUUGCGAAAGUGGACGCAUGAUCCUGCGUUUCCGAUCUGACGCAUUUGCAUGCGCAUGAGUGGAAGACUAUGGGAGGAAAAGCCAAGCGUGACCGCAGCUUUAAUGUUUCCCUCUUGACAGUUUUUAAGCCUGAAUUAAAAUUAAUUAGAUCUAAGAGGUAUAUUUUACCUGUUUAUUUUAAUAUUAUUAAACGAAAACGGCUAAUUAAAACAGUAUUUUUCUAGGGAAGUGUUACAUCGUAAGAACUAUCAUUAAUCACAAUACUUAACAUCAACAUCAGAUUUUUCCAGCAUCAUGCAGCUUUUUAUUUUAAUAUUAUUAAAUUAAUUGAAAACAGCUAAAAAAAAAUAGGAUUUUUUUUCUAUUUUAUUGUAAUAAUGAGCAACAAUAUCGCAAAUAUUUUUCCAUUAUUGUGCAGCGCUACUCUAAACCCAAACCUACGGCAAAUUCAAAUGUGAAAAGACCUUGUUUAACCUGACUUUUAACAGUUUUGAAUUACGAGGACACAAGGCAUGUCCUUGUAAACCACCUUAACGGAGUCCAUAUAGGUCAUACCCAUGAAUUUUUGUCCUUGUAAACCACCAAAGUCAGUGCACACACACACAUAUCCCAUCAGCCAGCACAGGUCAGUUUAAAGAAAAAAAAUCUUAAGUUAUAUGCAGUUUUAGUUUUUAACAUGUUACUUUUCUAAAAAAAUGUUUACAUGAUCAAGUUACUGAUGUUUAACAUCAUGUAGAGCUAAAAGGCUAAAUCUGUGCCACAUGAGUCUUCUGUUAUUUCUAAAGCAAAGCAUUCAUUUUUUCUGAAUUUAAAGGGAUAGUUCACUCGGAAAUGAAAAUUUUAAAUAGAGUUUAGAAGAUAUCCUGAAGAAUACCUACCUUUUUUUUGUGCAUUAUUAUUGUUAUCUUAAUUAAUAUUAAUAUUAUUGCACAUUAUGAGUCUUGUAUGUUGUUACAAUGGAAGCCUGUUUUCCAGCAUUCUUCAGAAUAUCUUCCUUUGUGUUCAACGGAAGAAACUUAUAUAAAGUUGAGGACGAGUAAAUUAUGUCAGUUUUCAUUUUAGCGUGAACUAUUUAAUUAAAGAUGAUCGUCAAGUACAAAAAAGCCAUUUCUGAUCAGCACCAUUUUCAUGAUUUUAAAGUAAAUAUUAUUUUAGACCUAUGAAGUAAACAGUAGCUAUGCACAUUUUUGCAUUAAAUUGACAAAACGUAUAAUAUAUUGAAUGAGAACAUCGUAAUUUUAUAUUCUAAUCCUCAUUUUUUUGUCGGACCCUGAAUACUGUAAUAUGAUUAGUUGGUUGUUUAUAUUUUAGUGGGGACUAACAAAUAGUUUAGUUACCUUGCUAAAACGAUGAAACCUUUAAUCCUUAUUUAAAAUACUCAUUGGAAAAACCCGGGAGUGCUACUAAGGGUUGUUUAUUACUUAAAAAAAAAACAUAUACACUCACCGGCCACUUUAUUAGGUACACCUUACUAGUACCAUGUCAGACCCCGUUUUGCCUUCAGAACUGCCUUAAUCCUUCAUGGCAUAGAUUCAACAAGAUACUGAAAAUAUUCCUUCAUAUUGACAUGAUAGCAUCACACAGUUGCUGCAGAUUUGUCGGCUGCACAUCCAUGAUGCCAAUCUCCCGUUCCACCACAUCCCAAACUGAACUGCAGCAGAUCGUCUUGAUCAUGUCUACAUGGCUAAAUGCAUUGAGUUGCUGCCAUGCGAUUGGCCGAAAAGAAAUCUGCAUUAACGAUCAGCUGGACAGGUGUACCUAAUAAAGCGGCCAGUGAGUGUAUGUUGCAAGCAAUGUCAGUAAAGUCACCAUACAUGGUUCCACAACAUAUAAACUGACAUUACGCACAUAAACGUUGGCCAGAUUAACCACUAAUUAUAUCUUGUUAGCAGCUAAUAUCAUUAAAGCAAUAAAUGGGUCUAGAAAUGACCACCACAGUGCAUCUAAAAUGUCUUAUAGUCCAUUUUUAUGAUAGAAAAAGUAGCAUAAAAUAAUAAAUGAUGAAUGUGUGAACUUAGAAAACUAAAAAAUGUCAAAUUGAGACAUCAGAAUCAUAACUUGUUACUGUAAUCAUAAUGAGAAAGUGGCUAAUAAUAAUAGCACUCAAUUGAUAUGGGGCAUUAUAUAGUAAUAUUUAAAAGAAUAAUUUCACAGGCUAAUAAUUUUUGUCUUCAACUGUGCAAUAAAAUGGAUAAAUAAUUAUAAAAAAUAAGCAGCAAUAACGUACAUAGAGGAUGUUGAAUUUAUUGCAUUAAUUAGCAUAGCUCUCAAAUUAUGAAGAAAAUAUGUCAAACAUUUUUAUUUACAUGUACUUACAAGAUAGCUAUUGCAAUUCGGCAUUGAUGAAAGGCAUUUAAAAGCGUUGAGUGUAGACAUGAGCUAUUCACACCAGAUCUGCCUUAAAUAAAUGUAGUUUACAGACGUCUGAUCUGCGAGUCUGAAGACUGGACAACAAAACAGUUACAGGCUACUAAAGCUUUGUACUAGAGUUUUUUUGUUAACUUUUAAAUAGCAUACAUUUUGUAAAUUAAUUUUGUCCUAGAACACAUUAUUCAACUGUAUGUGCACUUUUUUGGCAUGUUUUUAUGAAUGGCAAACCGCAUAUGAAUGCUAAUAAAGAUUUAAGAAGUCCUGCUCA